AUGCUCGAGGGCUUUGAGGAUGAGCUCUUGGCAAUGGAGCAAGGGGAAGGCGUUGGGGUUCGUCCGGCAAGGGUUGGUGUUGGGAUAGUUAGACGCAGCUCACAGAGCUCUCAGGUGCCCUCCAACAGGAAGAGGCCUGUUGAGGAGUGUCGGGUAACGGAGGAUAGCAGUGCUGUGAAGCCAGAGGAUGAAGAAGAAGUUAUGGUUGAGAACAACGACUGUAUGGUGGAUGACCUCGUGGGGCCUACUCCGAAGUCUGUCACCAAGAGGCGCCGCACGAGCGUAGAUGAGGGCAGCACGUCGGUCGAGGUGGCAUCAGAUAUGAAGGAAAACGAUGAGCCAGUAACGAGGGCAGUAGCGAAGGAGGAGGAUCCCGCGAGCCCGGGGGCUCCCAAGCCGAAAGUUACGAGGGAAGGCGGGGUGAAGUCCAGCGAUGACACUCCACAGAAAGUGGUGGAUUUCGGCGACUCCUGGCUGAUCACAGAUGAAGCUGACGAGACUCCAUCCAAGGCUUCGUCCUCUAGUCCGCAGGGAUCAAGUUCUGCGGAGGACCAUGGCCUUGAUGCUGUGAAGGAGGAGGAGGAUGGGUCACUCAUGAU